AUGGUGAAGCUGCCGGUGACGCGGUGGAUCUUAGCCGUUCUAAUGGCACUUCUGCUGCUUGGGGCAUUCCUAUUAUCCGAUCUCAUACUGCAAAGCUUCGCCGGAAAUAUAGCUCUAAACCCGCUGUUCCUGCGCCAAACCAGUAGCCCUCUCAGAUUCAUACCCGUCCUCCAGCAACCCUCCUCCGACGAACUUCGCUCCGCCCUCCUCCAUUACGCCACCUCCCCAAUCGUUCCGCAGCAAACCCUCUCCGAGAUCCGCGUCUCCUUCGACGUCCUCCGCCGCCGCUCCCCCUGCAACUUCCUCGUCUUCGGCCUCGGACACGAUUCCCCCAUGUGGUCCGCUUUCAACUCCGGCGGAACCACCCUCUUCCUCGAAGAAGACCCCUCUUGGUUUCAAUCCGUCCUCCGCAAAUCCCCUUCCCUCCACGCCCAUAACGUCCGAUACCCGACGAAGCUCUCGGAGGCCAAUGAAUUAAUGAAAUCGUAUCGCAAGGAGCCGGAAUGCAUGCCCCCAAAAGCGAGGCUGAGGGAUAAUCGUCGGUGCCGGCUCGCGCUGGCGGAUCUGCCCGGCGAGGUUUAUGAGAUGGAGUGGGAUUUGAUUAUGAUUGACGCGCCAAAAGGGUAUUUUGCGGAGGCGCCGGGGAGGAUGGGGGCGAUUUACUCAGCGGCGGUGAUGGCGAGGGAGCGGAAGGGGGAGGGUUUUACCGAUGUGUUUUUGCACGAUGUGGAUCGGAAAGUGGAGAAGAAGUUUGCGAUGGAGUUUCUGUGUAAAAAGUAUUUGGUCGGGGGAAGCGGGCGGCUAUGGCAUUUUCGGAUCCCGCCGGCGAGUGGGAAUGAGACCGCCGGGACAUUUUGCUGAUUGAUCAACGAUGUUGAAGACUCGGGAUUGCGCUUGUGUUUGUUCUCAGAGGUUUGAGUGCUUCCACCAGCAUUUUAUUGAUAAUAAAAUUUAAAUUAAAAUGAGAAAUAAUCAUCCCUCAUAUCAUCACAUUUAUGCAAAAAUAAGUGUAUUAUUUAAAUAAAAAAAUUGGACUCAACUCAAGGGCAAAUUAUUUUGUGCGGACACUGAACGCAGUCCAGAGCCUAAUGAAAAUGCAUCAUAUCAACCCCUACUCAGUACUGCGGCUCGAUACUGCUUGGUACCGAGCUCAGUACUGGAUGACGUGGUUGUACCUGAUUCACACAGUUUUUUAGUAUAAAAAUUAAAAUUUUUGCACUAAAAAGUUGAUUUAAGAAGCAGCAAGAAAGUUGUUCCAGAUGAAGCCUUAGAUUUCC